GGAAUCGGCAAAUCUGCCUUUUGUUGGCACUGAUGAAGCAACAACGUGCGUUGGCCUUGUUAUUCGGAACAAAAAAACUGGAAUGACAUCAGUUGCUCAUAUGGAUUCGCCAAAAAUUGUAGAAAUUGGCCUUUCCCAAAUGUUAUCAUCACUUGUUGCAAACAGUCUGGAGACCGAGUUCGAAGUGCAUCUCAUAGGGGGGUUUGAAGACGUGUCACUGCAACAAGGAAAUGGUAGUGCAAUAUCAGAAAGCCCUGCAUAUUUGGAUGGUUAUUCCUUUCCUUUGUGUUCAAAGAUUGUUCAUACUCUAUGGUCAAGAGAUGAGAAGUUUCACCUCCAAACGUUCUGUGUUCUUGGACAUAAUACCAGAAGAGAUUCUGAUGGAAACACAUACCCCUUUUUCAAUGGAUUUGUGGUGGAGACUGCAUCAGGUAUUGUCAUCCCAGCUAUUUUUGAUAGAACUUCUAGAUGUCCAGAUGAGCUUGUCAGAAGAAUACGAGUAUCUGUUUCUUAUGAAGAUGCGAAUUGGAAAGAAAAGUUACUAGAAACAUAUGAUUGUGGCUCUGACUGUUUCAAAAUUGCUCCUUGUCGCUGGACUCUUCGUCAAUAUCAUAUUGCUCUUUCACUUCUGAACUGUUCUGAUUUGGAAAUUCUUUCAACAUGUUCAACUUCACCUACUGCUGAGGCGCCAGAUUUUGUGGAUAAUUUACGAAGGCAGUGGACUUAUUUGAUUGAGCACCCACACUGGACAGAAACUUUUCCUAUGAAGCAGCCGCGCACUUUUGCUAGAAGUUCUGAUGGAAAGUGGAUAAGGUGUUAAUGACAUUCCAAGGUGGCUAAGGCUAAUCCAUUUCAAUAAUGAUUUAGCUUGUUAUUGAAAGAUUUAUUUGUCAGUCAUGGAAGUUAUCGAAUUGCAGUCAAGUGGUUUAUAGUGUCUUAGUUUUAAACUAAUAUAGUAUGUGAAAUUAGCAUUGUUUUGAAAAGAAUUUAUGCUAAGAAGAAGAUUAGGAAUAUGAUAUUGACGGAAGUUCCUAGAAACUGAUAAGUGCAACAAAAAUAGAGUGAAGAUUAGCCAUUAUUUUUAAAGUUCUAUCAUAAGUUCAAGAUAUGGUAAGAAAAACAUGUUCUUAUGCAUUAUUUCAGACACAGUUUCUUAUUGAUUGAAAUUAUUAGGACUUAAAAUACUAUGAGAGAAUCACUUUCUUCUGAAUGUGUUUCAGCUAAUGAAUGUGUUGAAAAACUUUAUGCAUUCAUGAUGUAUUGAAGAAUGCAGAUGGCAACAUCCAAAUCACUAUCACAAGGAGCAUUGAGGAAUUAAUUUAUCACACUGAUUAUAAAUGUGAUGUUUGGCCUAGUAAUUAAGAUAGUUCAGUCUUCACACAAGUUGAGUUUUCACACU